CGGCGGCGGCGGCCUCCCGCGAGUCCAGCGCCGCCGCAGCCCCCCAAUGCAGCCGCGAGGAGCAGCGGGGGGGCAGCGAUCGAAGGAGCCUUCACGUAAAUGGGUCCAGUCAUGCCUCCCAGUAAGAAGCCGGAAAGCUCAGGAAUUAGCAUCUCCAGUGGACUGAGUCCGCGUUACCGGGGCAGUGGUUUGUCAAAGGCUCUUCAGGAGGACGAUGAGCUCGACUCUCCUCUGCCCGAUCCCCGAGUAGAAGAGGGGGCCAUGGAAGAUGAAGAGCUGACCAACCUGAACUGGUUGCAUGAGAACAAGAACCUGCUGAAGAGCUUCGGGGAGUCAGUCCUCAGGAGCGUCAGCCCUGUCCAGGACCUGGACGAUGACACGCCCCCAUCCCCCGCCCACUCGGACAUGCCCUACGAUGCCAGGCAGAACCCCAACUGCAAACCCCCUUACUCUUUUAGCUGCCUCAUAUUUAUGGCCAUUGAGGACUCCCCGACAAAGCGCCUGCCAGUAAAGGAAAUCUACAACUGGAUCUUGGAACAUUUUCCGUAUUUUGCAAAUGCACCUACUGGGUGGAAAAACUCAGUGAGACAUAAUUUGUCAUUGAAUAAGUGUUUUAAGAAAGUGGACAAAGAAAGGAGCCAGAGUAUUGGGAAAGGGUCAUUGUGGUGCAUAGACCCAGAAUAUAGACAAAAUCUAAUUCAGGCUUUGAAAAAGACACCUUACCACCCAAACUCACAUGUGUCCAAUACACCUCCCAGCUCUCCUCAGGCAUAUCAAAGCACAUCAGGUCCACCCAUCUGGCCAGGCAGCACCUUCUUCAAGAGAAACGGAGCCCUUCUGCAAGAUCCUGACAUUGAUGCUGCCACUGCCAUGAUGCUUUUGAAUACUCCCCCUGAGAUACAAGCAGGUUUUCCUCCGGGAGUGAUCCAGAAUGGAGCACGAGUUCUGAGUCGAGGGAUGUUUCCUGGUGUUCGGCCGUUGCCAAUCACUCCCAUUGGAAUGACGGCAACCAUGAGGAAUGGCAUCACCAGCUGCCGGACGCGGACUGAGAACGAGCCGUCGUGUGGCUCCCCCGUGGUCAGCGGUGACCCCAAGGAGGACCACAACUACAGCAGUGCCAAGUCUGCCAAUACCCGGAGCACCUCCCCGGCCAGCGACUCCAUCUCCUUCUCCUCGGCCGACGACCACUAUGAGUUCGCCACUAAGGGCAGCCAGGAGGGCAGCGAGGGCAGUGUCCAGAGCCACGAAAGUCACAGUGACACAGAGGACGACAGGAAACACAGCCAGAAAGAGGCCACGGAGGCCCUGGGAGACAGCGGGUUCACGUCCCAGCACAGGAAGCGGCAGCACCUGGCCAAGGCACGGAAGGUGGCCAGCGACACGCUGCCCCUCAAGAAGAGACUCACGGAAAAACCGCCGGAGAGUGAUGAUGAGGAGAUGAAGGAGGCCGCAGGCUCGCUCCUGCACCUGGCAGGGAUCCGGUCCUGUUUAAAUAACAUCACCAAUCGGACGGCAAAGGGGCAGAAAGAGCAAAAGGAAGCCACAAAAAAUUAAAACAAAAAAACAAGUCACUGAUUUGUUUUGAACUUCCAGCCAUUUGGUUUCAGCAUGUCAGGAGAUUUCUAAUGAUUUGUGGCAAUAUCAGCAAUUUAUUCAUUUUGUUUUUCUUUUUCCUUUUUUUUUUUGGGUUUGGCUUUUGUUUCUUUUCUUUAUGUUUUUUGUUUAUUAAUUUGCCCCCCUCCUUUGUUUU